AUGGACAGAAUAGAAGGACAAAUAGAGGAGAGAGGGCACUGGGGCAGUAAAGCAGAGUUUCUUCUGGCUGUGGCAGGGAAUGUGAUUGGACUGGGUAACGUGUGGAGGUUUCCUUACCUCUGCUACAAGUAUGGAGGAGGGGCAUUCCUGAUACCCUACCUGGUGUUUGUGGUUACCUGUGGGGUGCCUCUGUUCCUGCUAGAGACAUCUAUGGGACAGUACACGCAGGAAGGGGGUAUUACAUGUUGGCAUCGGCUCUGUCCACUUGCUGAGGGUAUUGGCUAUGCAGGACAACUGAUUCUUCUCUACAGUUGCAUGUAUUACAUCGUCAUUCUGUCUUGGGCGCUUUUCUACCUCAUCUCCUCUUUUAGCUCCCAACUUCCGUGGGCCAGUUGUGACAACACCUGGAACACAGAUGACUGUGUAAAUCUUGCUGCAAAGAAUUUGACCCUCAACCGAACAACGCUGAUUAAUUCAACACCUGCAGCUACUGAGUUCUGGGAACGCAGAGUGCUCUCUCUCUCUGGAGGUAUUGAGGAGAUCGGUAGGAUCAACUGGGAGAUUCUUCUGUGUCUUAUUGCAAUGUGGGUCAUAUGUUAUUUCUGCAUCUGGAAAGGAGUCAAAUCUACAGGCAAGGUGGUGUAUUUCACAGCUACAUUUCCUUAUGUGAUGCUGCUUGUGUUGCUGAUUCGUGGGUUGACUCUUCCUGGAGCUCUGCAGGGGAUUGUGUUUUACCUGUACCCUGAACCGGCCCGUCUCUUUGAUCCGCAGGUUUGGUUGGAGGCCGGAGCUCAGAUCUUAUUUUCCUAUAGUGUGUCUGUUGGCACUCUCACUGUUUUAGCCAGCUACAAUAAAUACAACAACAACUGCUACAGGGACAGCUUGUGGCUUUGCGUUCUGAACAGUUGCACGAGUUUGGUGGCUGGCUUUGCUGUGUUCUCGGUAUUGGGCUUCAUGGCCCAAGAGCAGGGCAUCCCCAUUGCAGAGGUGGCAGAAUCAGGGCCAGGACUAGCAUUCAUAGCUUAUCCACAGGCAGUAGCUAUGAUGCCUCUUCCUCAGUUGUGGGCUGUUUGUUUCUUCAUCAUGAUUAUUUUGCUGGGGCUAGAUACACAGUUUGUUUCAAUGGAAGCCGUCACAACGUCAGUGAUGGACCUGUUCCCCAUGAUUCUGCGCAGAGAAGGACGGCGAGAAAUCUUCAUUCUGCUCUUCUGUCUCACUUGCUUUUUGGGCCAAUUCAUCAUGGUUACAGAGGGGGGGAUAUAUGUAUUCCAGUUGUUUGACUACUAUGCCUGUAAUGGAGCCUGUGUACUGUUCCUGUCUGUGUUUGAAUCUCUGGUCAUGGGUUGGAUUUUUGGGGCUGAGAGAAUGUUUGACAUCAUUGAAGACAUGACAAAGUCACGGCCCAACUAUAUAUUCAUGCUGUGCUGGAAAUACCUGACUCCUCUCGUAUCUGUGGUGUCUUUUGUCUGUUCUAUGGUGGAGUACACACCCCUCACUUUUAACCGCUGGUAUGUGUACCCAGACUGGGCGUAUGCACUAGGCUGGUUACUGGCUCUGUCCUCCAUCGUACUGGUGCCUGGAUGGGCGCUGGGUCAACUGUUUGCUGGGAAAGGGAGUCUGAAACAGCGUUGGCGUCACCUGUGUAGUCCUGAUCCAGAGCUUCCUCUCACCUGUAAACAAAGAGCUGAAAUGAAGGAAACUACUUUCACUGCAGAGAUGGAAGAUUUAGUUAGGGCAAACAUAGAUUAA